AUGAAGAACAACAACACAAGCGAAAGAAUUGCUGUUUUGACAUCACACUUCACUCAUUCAACUUCAAUGGCUUCUGAGAAAGAAGCUGCCCUUUCUGCCAUUCCUCCUGAUUCCGAUUCUCCCACCAUAUUUGACAAGAUCAUAAACAAGGAGAUUCCUUCUACUGUGGUUUAUGAGGAUGAUAAGGUGCUUGCCUUUAGGGACAUAAAUCCUCAAGCUCCGGUGCACAUUCUAAUCAUUCCUAAAGUCAGAGACGGAUUGACUGGUAUCUCCAAGGCUGAGGAGAGGCACUUCGACAUUCUUGGCCGACUUCUCUACACUGCAAAGCUGGUUGCAAAGCAAGAAGGUCUUAACGAAGGCUACCGGGUUGUAAUUAAUGACGGACCACAAGGAUGCCAAUCAGUUUACCACAUUCAUGUGCAUCUUAUUGGUGGUCGUCAGUUGAACUGGCCACCUGGCUAA